AUGCUUUAUAAUUUUGCAACACCUGAAUCUCCUGGAUUUAAAUAUCUGUACCUCUUUAAAGAAGAAUUUCAUGCAGAUAUGAGUGAGAUUCUUAGAGAAGGUCUAACCAUACGUAGAGUUUGUGAAAUUAUCUUACAGAAUCUUGACAAGAAAAUGCUUGCAGACUAUAAAAUUAAACUAACACGAUUUGAUGAAAUAGCAGUCUUUGAUCUUGAGAUUCCAGAUCAAAAUGAUUGGAUUCCUGAAGAAAGUGAAUGGUUUGGAAUAAAAGAUUUCCUUUUUUUUGCUGGAAAAAAUUUUCAAACAUAUAAAUUCAUGUAA